AUGUAUUCAUCCAAGAACAGCACACCAGAUUCAUCCAGUGAUAGCUAUGAUUCAGAUCAUCAUGGCCUAUUUCCAGACAUCUACUCUAUGAUGAUGAGCCGUGGAGUUAUCAUUGAUAAAUCUCAGAUGACAAUUUUUCCAGCGGACUUUGGCCUUCCAGAAACAGAUAUUAAUAUUGAUAUUUCCAUCACUAAGAAGAAAGAAACCAAGCGUACAUUGUUCUCAGACUCACAACGCUCAAUAUUGAUGCAUUGGCUGAAGAAUCAUCAGAGCAAUCCAUAUCCAACAUCCUCCGAAAAGCAGGAUUUGAUGGACAAAACCGGACUCAAUAGAGAUCAGAUCAAUGUUUGGUUCGCAAACAACAGAGUUCGCCACGGUAUGUCAUGCUCAUCUCACCAUCAUGGCAAAAAUUCUCACCAGCAUUCAUAUUCAUAUCGCUCUACACAUUAA